AUGAAGUUGGGCCGGAGCGAAUGGGUUCUGGUAUUAGAGCGUUUGUUAGUUUGUUGUACUAGAACAAGAAACGCAGAAAGAUGCCAUGGCAUGCUUUCCGCUACCCAGUACAUCGGACUUGACCCUCUAGUGCAGCUUCCCGCCGCCAUGCCACUUCGUGCCCAUUUGUUGGUCUUCAAACUGACGCAUUGGAAUGCGCCCGGAUGCCACCAGCAACGGCCAUCCAAGCACACCUUGGAAGAUCUAUCGCACAGCCAUACUAAACCCUGUGUCUUCUCCGACAGUGUGAUUUCGACGGUAAACUUUACCUACAACACCCUCACUAUUGAUGCCAUAUCCAGAAAGACGAUUUCGAUUACACUGAUCGAUGAAGUGCUGCCACUUGAGAUGGCCGACUACUUCAUUUUCUCACAUACUUUAAACGCGGGACCACCAAAUAACAUGGCCGGCGACCAUCCGCCUUCGGCCCGGAGGAUCAACUCCGGCGUCCCGGGGGGGUUUGUCGUCCCACCGGCCAUGUACCUCGGUCUGGUCCUUCGGCUUGGCGUAACCCCUUUACCAGAGUCCCAAUUGUCUGCGAGAGAAGGGGUAGUAGCGGCCGAGUCCGACGACUUGCGGCGAAACUCUAGCAUCUCCUUUGACAAGCUGCUUUUCAAGAACCAAUGGGCGUCGUCAACCGACAUUAAACAGGAAAAGCUUGGUAAACAACGUUACUACGUAGAACCGGAGGCUUCUCCGCCGCAAUGGCACCCCCUUUCAGCAAACAUUGCCCUCUUUUGCAGUUGUGCAAACCAUUUCCCCUGCGGACAGGGUUACCUUCCACGCUUGGCUUCUUUGUCCAAGGAGCCAGACAAUCAAUCGCUCUCAGUGGCAUCGAACCAGGAUCAAAUCACUCAUAUUGAAGGGAAGAAAAGAAAAGCAGACAAGGGCCAAGAGAACUAA